AACACUGUACUAAGUCGGAGCGAAUCACUAAAACGAUAUUAUUGGAAGACAUGAGAAGUCUCGCAUAUCUGUUUUUCCUGCUUGAUGGCGUCACAUAAUAAAUAUUUGCUGUGCUGCUACUGCUGGAGCGUGAAAUUUUAACAUACGGGUUGACCUUGAACAAAUAUCUGCUAAAAUUUAAUAUCGCGGAAGUUUUUGCGUGUCACGCUAACGUUUGUGUAGCGGUUCGCUAAUGUCCCAUUAGAAUUUCAAAUAAGGCCUCUUGCAAAUUACGAUAUCCUGCUAUUUUUCAAAGCAAUUUUUAAUAUAUCAAUAUUAUUUUUACGUAGUAUGAAUUUCUUCGGACGUAUGGUUUCAUUCAUAGUUGCUAAACAUCAUUUCCGGUGCUCAACCAAAUUUCAACUGAACCAAGAAACAGCGUUGAUUGUUUGGCUCCAAAGCAAGCAACACGCCGAAUGGAGUUCGAAUGUGGACAAAAAUGGAGAAAACCUCCCCCCAUAAUUGUCAUCGUUAAGUGGAUCCCGAAAUCGUUUGUUUCAACAUUCUCGUACGUGACUGGACUGGGAAAUAGGCGGACGGUGCUGUUGCGGCUCGGUGGUUCAAGGUCAGUUCUGGGUAGAAUGUUUUUCGCGUGCCACACGUUUGCAAAUGUUUGGAAUAUUAGACUUGCGGCAAUAAAGCAGCCAAUAAAAAAAGGCCGGAGUCAUAUUAUUGUUUUAGUGAUUUGUGUUAUCUAAAUUUCUUUCUCGAUCUUUAUUUCAGGGAAUUUUCAGCCCUUUGAAAGAUAUCAAAAUUUAAGUUGGCUGUUUCCAUUUUAUCACGUUGCCUAUUUGAUAGCUUUUUUGCUCCGUCCGGCUCUCCCUUUACUGUUGGUAGUUUGAACCUGAGGUUUGGACGUUUGGACAUCCUUAUAGGUUUGGACUGGAAUCUUAUAAUCGUAGUAGUCUACGUGUGACGAUUCAAUUUUCUGAACGGAAGUUUCUUUCAAAAUCCUUCGACGUUCUAUGAUUUCAGAUUUUUUUUCCAUAACAGUUACAAUAAUUCAAAAUUCGAAUGGUUUUCCGCAUUUAAAAUAAAAGAACUAUGGAAUUCAAAGCUUUGAAGUCCGCAAGCAAAAUCAGCUCCAGUUCCUCGACAACAGGACCCUCAAUCCAGUCCCGUCAGCCAAGCUCCUUGUCUCGGACAUCCAGAAGGCGUGGCUCUGAUACCUGUCCGAAAGAGCCCCGACCCGCAACCAGUUUCGUCUCCACACGGGUGUCCCACUCGUCCGGUCUCGACGUCACCGUCGACGACAAGCUACCAUUGGAUGUCCACCGGUUGGGCGCGUACCCCAAAUACCUACGUAGUAAGCGUCCGAUGACAGCGGUUGGAAAGUCGGAUAAACUGAAGUCGAAGCCAUUCCAGUUCCAUGGAGCAUGUGCGGGAGUGAGAUACGACACGCCGAGAAAGGUGGCGAAGCCGCGAGAUAAGGUUUUACAUUCGAUGAAUUAUUCGGCCGGUUGUCCACCCUGUGAAGGACAUACUUCAAACAGUUCGGGGAAAAAGAUCAUUUGGGAUGAAGCUUUGGAUAAGAUAUGCCAGUUGGAAGCCAUUUGCAGUCGGAAAAAAGAGCGGAUUGCGCAACUGGAAGCGGAGGUUGCUCUUCAUGAAAGUGCGCUUCAGCAACGAGAUGUAGACAUCCAGAAGCAAAUGGAAUGCGGAAUCGAAAGAGUUUCAACAAAUUCUAAGGAUAAGAUCAACCCGGAAGAAGCAUUGGUAGACGAGCAGAAGGUUAAAGAAUUGCAACAGCAAUUGUUGAAUAAGAGCAACGAUUUUCUUAAAUGCCAGAACCACAUUGCUGAAUUAAAACAGAAAUUGGUAGAAAGCAACGCAAAAGUUGAGCAACAGGAUCUCACCAUCUUUGAGCUGGUGGAAAAGGAAGCCGAACGGGUGACGGAGCUCGAAGUGAUGAAACAACUUGUCAAAGACUUGGAACAACAACUAACCACAUUGCGAGCAGAACUUACCGAUAAAGAGGCGUUGGUCGCGGUACUUGAGUCAAAAGUUGCACCAAUGAUCAACCAGGAGGAGAUGGAUGCGUUGCAGCAGGAAGCCAAACAGCUUCGAUUCGGAAACUUGAUGCUCACAAACGAACAGGAGUUGGACGCCGUUGUAUUUAGGAUCCGAACGCAGCUUCUCGGGGCAAUUGAAAGGAUCCGAAAGGAGUUCGAUGUUCAAAUGGUGUGACAAUGGGUGAAGGAGACGGAGAGGUAUAUUUCGAAGAAUUUCUGUUGAGAUGGAAUCAAAAACGUCAGGUCAGACUGGAGUUGAGAGUACACGCGGAUACGAAACCAUUCGAAGAUUUUGAACAGGAAGCUUUGGCAGUAUAUAUACUUUAAAUUGACAGUGACUUUAGAACGGGGAAUAGACCGGUUCGAGAAAACUCAAGAUUUGAGUGAUUCUUCAAAUUUUCUGUAACUACAAUAUUCGUGAUUCAAGUAACUCAAUCAGAAGCAUCAAUUAUAUUUUAUACGAUUUAUUUAACCUUUUGUCUGUGCUC